AUGUUCCGAUGCUCCAGAGCUGCGGUGCGGUGCGGUACGAAUUGCGCGUUGAAUUGCACGUUUAAUUGCACGUCGAGUUGUGUGGUGGGUUGCACGUUAAAACGCGCGAGUCGGCACAUGCCAAAUUGCGCAGUGCAGUGCGGCCAAUGUGUUGCGAUUUGCGCUGUUUUGCGAUUCGCGCGUUCAAUCGCGGUGCGGUGUGGUGCGGUGCGGUGCAGUGCCCGCGCAGUGUGGCGCGGUGCGGUGCAAUGCCGUGCGGUGCGGUGCGGCGCGGACAACGAAGCGGUGCACGGCGAUGCUCGGGGGCGCAUUGCGCGGGCCCAGGCGUGGAGCAGUGCACUCUGGGACGACGCGAUGCGGUGCACAGUCCAGAACGAAAAGAAAAUAACAAUAAACGACGACGACGCGAAAAACGAACCACGUGACGACGAAGGCAGCGCUCCCGGACGAAAAAUAGAAGAAAGAAACGUGCAGGCGCCGGGCGACGAAGCUGGCGAUCCGUAA